AUGGUGUCCACUCAGGUGCCUUUUGGGUGCCCUCGGCCUGUCAGAACUCUGGCUGAAUCUAAACGUCUGCACUUCCCAGCACUUGCAGACUCGAGGCCGACUGCAGACCCCUCUUCUAUGAUCGUACGCCAGCUAUUGAGCCUUUCAGCAAGUCACAGCAGUGACAGUGAGGACCAGUCUCGUCUGUCUCUGUCUCAAAAGUCUCACAAGUCUCGUUGUCCAGGUCUCUCAUCUCCGUCGUCUCACAGUAAAGACAAACACAACUUCUCCCCUCAGAGGACGUACAAGUGGACCUUCCAGAUCGAUGAGCUGGACAGCAUGUCGAGCACAGAGAGGAUCUCCUUCCUGCAGGAGAAGCUGCAGGAGAUCAGGAAGUACUACAUGACCCUGAAGUCGGAGGUGGCGUCCAUCGACAGACGGAGGAAGAGACUGAAGAAGAAGGAGAGAGAAGUGUCCAACACAACGGCGUCCACGUCGUCGGGCUCCUCAGACACAGGUAUGAGUCCGUCCUCGGCCUCCCCGACUCAGAACACCGUUGCUGUGGAGUGCAGGUGAUGACACGCCCACCAGUGACACGCCCACAUCAUCAGCCACAGCCCUUCCAACCACAGACUCCGCCCACUCAGCCAGCUCUGAGGGCAUGAUGGGAAAAAAACAAAAUCCCUCCAGGUCAGAGGGGGGAGGGGGAUAGGGGACUACCACCUGACAUUAGCCCCGCCCCUCACUUGUGGACUGACUUCCUGUUUGAGGAGAGAAAGGAGACAGAAAAAUCAGCCGUCUGUUCAGCUGCCACAGAACACUUUCGUUCCUUUCUUCCCUCCUUCCACCCUUCUUCCCUUCCUCCAGUGCGUCAGUGCAUCUCCUAAUUUCAAAAUAAAGUGAGAGGUAAUUUU